AACAUGUUAAAAGCUCUUUGCUGGUGUUGGUGGACAGAUGCGAGGAACCUUCAUAUUGUCAUGAUGUGAACUAAGGAUGGGUUUCAGCACUCAGUACAUCAGUCAUGUAAAGGUGUGGCAUUUCUAUCGGUGAAGACGAGUUCAAAGUUGAGGACAAAUCAUUUUGACUGAAUCUUCAAGAUCUAUUUCAAGAUGAUGGAGACUCUCGGGUCCUCAUUAUUGGAGUUUAAUGGGACUCGGCACAACGGCAGUACUGAUUUCACUUCCAAUACUUCUGAUCUGAGCAAGAACAUCACCGAGAACUUUCUGGACCAGUUGUAUACAAACUUUGUCUACACGUCGGUCAUCACAAGCAUCGAACUUCCCAUGAUCUGCUUGGCAAUUCGUGCUAUUUAUUAUCUCAAAUCCGGUCGAGUCGCGCCCGUUUUUGUCAUAAAUCUGCUCAUUUCAGAUCUUUUACAGAUUGUUUGUUCAUUUUUUAUAGACAUUUCAAUAUUCCUGAACUGGAGUUUUUCAAAUGGUGUCAAAGUGGCUCAAAUUGCGUUGUAUAUGUGGUUUUGUGGUAUUCUCACUAAUCUUUAUUUCAUGACAUGUAUAGCCGUAGAGAGAUAUCUUCUCAUCGCCCAUUCUGUUUGGCACAAAUCUCAUCAAUCUGUUAAAUGUCUUUGGUAUACUUCACUGGCCGGUUGGCUUGUAUCUGCAUUCCUGUUAUUGUUUCGGUGGGCUUUUAGGUAUUUCUUUCUUUCGCUAUUGUGUGCAGUGAUUGUCGUCGCUUACGUUGUGAUCGUUUUCUGUUUCGCACGUGUCUGCAGGAUUCUCUCUCAUUCAAAAGCAGUCACGUCCCUAAAAAAGUGGUUUGUUCUGGCGACUCUGCUGCUUGUACUCCUGAGCUACACCUUCACAGUCAUUCCCUAUAGUAUUGCACUGAUGCAGUUUUUAAUAUUUAACAUUGUAAAUGGCUAUCUGUUUAACAUUGGAGAGAAACUUCUGAUGUUAAACCCACUUGUGGACUGUGUCAUGUACGUGUUCUUGAGACGUGACGCUCCUGGAUGCUUCAGGCACUGCCGCUCCCGAAAGAAGAUAAAACAGAGUUUACGUUGCACAACCGUUACUGAUCUGAACCGGGUUUGAGAGAUCUCUGCAACAUUCGUUCAUUUUUAUUUUAUGGAUAAAAGUGUCUGCCGACUGCAUACCUGUAAAUGAUAUGCCUUAUAUACUGCACUGUGAUGUUUCUCUGUGAAUUCACAAAUUUGUUUGUUGUAUUUCUUUAUUAUGUGUAC